AUGUGUUUUUCAGUUAAUCACAACUCGAUUGAAACUCUCAUUGGCUCCAACUACUCCAAAUGGAGGGAAGAUGUGGAAAUUGCUCUAGGAUUGCUGGACUAUGAGAUAGCUAUUGAAGAUGAUGCUCCUGCAGAACCUGAUGCAGACGCAUCUGCUGGAACAAAAGCAAAAUAUGCCAAGUGGAUUAAGGCAAACAAAAUGGCUAUUUUGAUCAUGAGGAGGUCAAUUUCACCAUCUGUCAGGGGAAACAUUACAUCAUGUGACAAUGCCAAGAAGUUUAUUGAUUCCAUUGGGGAAAAGUUUCGGGAAUCAGAAAAGGCUGAGAUUGGAACUCUAAUGGGACAGCGUACUGAUACAAAAUACAAUGGGGAGAGAUGUGUGAGAACACACAUACUGAACAUGCUGGAAAUUGGGAACAAACUGAAGGCACUCAAAGUCAAUGUGGAUAAAACUAUGAUGGUACACUUUGCUAUAAAUUCUCUGCCUAGUACUUUCAAGCAUCUUAGAAGCACGUAUAUGGCUCAAAAGGAGAAGUGGACAGCGACUGACCUCAUAAGCAUCUGUGUGCAGGAAGAACAGAAUAUGAAGAAGGAUAAGGCUGAAGAAAAGAUUAAUAUGGUUCAGAACAAUUCAUGGUGGUUGGAUAGUGGUGCAACAGUUCAUGUGGCUAAUUGUCUGCAGAGGUUCAAAACAAAGAGGCUGCCAAGCAAGGCUGAGAUGAAGGUGUUCGUGGGAAAUGGAGAAAGAGUCAAGGAAUUGGAUUAG